AUCAGGAGCUAGAGUUUGAAUGGGUUUUAUAUAAACACUCACCCCUGUCAGCGUGCGGCCGGGGCUCUCAGGAUAAACUCCCAACGUCUGGCCUGAUGCUUGCCUGGCAUUUGCUGCCUUGAACGGGCAAGGUUUAAGCAGAACCCGAGGAGGACUGGGAACUCUCUUCCCUGAAAUUUGAUCAACCUGAAGCCAGUUGCGGAACUGCACAGGGUCCCCAUGGACCUCAAGGAGAGCCCCAGCGAGGGCAGUCUGCAACCUUCUAGCAUCCAGAUCUUCGCCAACACCUCCACCCUCCACGGCAUCCGCCACAUCUUCGUGUAUGGGCCGCUGACCAUCCGGCGUGUGCUCUGGGCAGUGGCCUUCGUGGGUUCCCUGGGCCUGCUUCUGGUGGAAAGCUCCGAGAGAGUGUCCUACUACUUCUCCUACCAGCACGUCACCAAGGUGGAUGAGGUGGUGGCCCAGAGCCUCGUCUUCCCAGCUGUCACCCUCUGCAACCUCAAUGGCUUCCGGUUCUCCAGACUCACCACCAAUGACCUGUACCACGCCGGGGAGCUGCUCGCCCUGCUGGAUGUCAACCUGCAGAUCCCAGACCCACAUCUGGCCGACCCCAUGGUGCUGGAGGCCCUGCGGCAGAAGGCCAACUUCAAACACUACAAGCCCAAGCAAUUCAGCAUGCUGGAGUUCUUGCACCGCGUGGGCCACGACCUGAAGGACAUGAUGCUCUACUGCAAGUUCAAGGGCCAGGAGUGUGGCCACCAGGACUUCACCACAGUGUUUACAAAAUAUGGGAAGUGUUACAUGUUUAACUCAGGCGAGGACGGCAAGCCUCUUCUCACCACGGUCAAGGGGGGGACGGGCAACGGGCUGGAGAUCAUGCUGGACAUUCAGCAAGAUGAAUACCUGCCCAUCUGGGGAGAGACAGAAGAAACAACGUUUGAAGCUGGAGUAAAAGUUCAGAUCCACAGUCAGUCUGAGCCGCCUUUCAUCCAAGAGCUGGGCUUUGGGGUGGCUCCGGGGUUCCAGACCUUUGUGGCCACACAGGAGCAAAGGCUCACAUACCUGCCCCCGCCCUGGGGGGAGUGCCGAUCCUCAGACUUGGGGCUCGACUUCUUUCCCGUUUACAGUCUCACCGCCUGUCGGAUUGACUGUGAGACCCGCUACAUCGUGGAGAACUGCAACUGCCGCAUGGUCCACAUGCCAGGGGAUGCUCCUUUCUGCACCCCUGAGCAGCACAAGGAGUGUGCAGAGCCUGCCCUCGGCCUCCUGGCAGAGAAGGACAGCAAUUACUGUCUCUGUAGGACACCCUGCAACCUGACCCGCUACAACAAAGAGCUCUCCAUGGUGAAGAUCCCCAGCAAGACGUCAGCCAAGUACCUCGAGAAGAAAUUUAACAAAUCAGAAAAAUAUAUCUCAGAGAACAUCCUUGUCCUGGAUAUAUUUUUUGAAGCUCUCAAUUACGAGACAAUUGAACAGAAGAAGGCGUAUGAAGUUGCUGCCUUACUUGGUGACAUUGGUGGUCAGAUGGGAUUGUUUAUUGGUGCUAGUAUCCUAACAAUACUAGAGCUCUUUGAUUAUAUUUAUGAGCUGAUCAAAGAGAAGCUAUUAGACCUGCUUGGCAAAGAGGAGGAUGAAGGGAGCCAUGAUGAGAAUGUGAGCACCUGUGACACCGUGCCAAACCACUCGGAAACCAUCAGCCACACUGUGAACGUGCCCCUGCAGACAGCCUUGGGCACCUUGGAGGAGAUUGCCUGCUGACACAAUCCUCGGGCAACCCAGCACCUCCAAACAGACCUUAAGGCCCAAGACCCGGGACAGGGGACAGCAAGUUCAGAUGGGAUGGCCCCUGAGGACAGAGAGAAGCAAGAGCCCCCUAUGCACACAUUGCAAACUUCUGCCAAACCUCACUCCGGCCAUGUCUGACGUGGAGCGUCCCUGGGCCCCACCGCGUGUCCCUCGUAGGAGAGAUGAGUCACACUCUGCAGCUGUCCAGGAACUAGCCUGCCAUCACAUCUCACUGCCAGAUGUACAAAGCACCUGCAUGCUCGGACUUCUUACGGCAUCACCUCCACAUCUGUCUCGUACAUGAUAGCUCUCCAUGCCGUUUCCAGUGCCCACUCUGUCGCCCAAGCCGUGGGACCAGGUUCCAGCCCCCCCCAUCACCCCAAGGCCAUGCUGGAAUGGAAACUGCACCCCGGAGAGGCAAACUGCAGAACUCUCUACAAUGUCUGAUCCUUGUGUUGUUUGUGAAGGUUGCUAACCUGCCCACAAACCCUUCUCCCCCAAACUGGCCCGUGGGGCUCCAGCACCAGAGGUGACCAGUGCCAACCUCCCUCUUACCCCAGGUCCUGUGGAGGUGGCACAGUGGCCUGGGUGACCCCCAGUGUUCAUCCACAGAGCCACAUCGUUCUUCUCUCCCUGUGACUCAGCUGUACAGUUGGAUUCCUUUUUUUUUUUUUAAUUGGGGGGCUUUUGUUGUCUGUUGGAGAUUUGUUUCAUUUUACUUUGCUUUAUGUGGUUUUUUUGUUGGUUUUUGUUUUGUUUUGUUUUUUUAGUUUUGAUGUUCCGAGAUUUGGUUGUUUUCUUUUUUUUGUUCCCUGCAUUUUCUUUGGCGUUUAUUUAUUCGUGCUUUGAAUCACAGUCAUAU